AUGUGCCUACUGCACCAAAUAAUAAGAGCAGUUUUAAAGACCAUUUUUAAACUUUGCAAAGACCUAGAGUAUGUUAGUCUACUGUACUUGAUGGAAGAAGUUAUACCACUGUUAUUUUUUAAUUGUCUGGUUAUUUUUAGAAGCUCCAACCUUGACAACUAUUUUCAAACAAUGAGGUUUGCUGUUUUGUUUAUUUGUUAGAGAAAUCAUUAUGACAAAUCCACAUUAUCAUUUUUAAGUGACACUGCACAUCAAAAACUCAACAGUAAAGAUUACUACAGCACUAAAUGGCGCAUCUUAGCUUCUUUACCAGAAAAAAAGGUGGACAUCUGGCAUUCUCUUUAA